AUGGCUAGGGAGAGGGAUCCUUUGGUUGUAGGUGGAGUGAUUGGGGAUGUAUUGGACCUCUUCAACAGAUCCAUAUCUAUAAGAGUAAUCUACAACAACAGAGAAGUAGCAAAUGGAUGUGACCUCAGGCCCUCAGUUGUUGUGAACCAACCAAGGGUUGAGCUUGGAGGAGAUGACCUUCGGACCUUUUAUACACUGGUUAUGGUAGAUCCUGAUGCUCCAAGCCCAAGUGAUCCAAACCUCAGAGAAUAUUUGCAUUGGUUGGUGACUGAUAUUCCUGAGGGUACCACAGCGAAUUUCGGGCAAGAGAUUGUAUGCUACGAGAGCCCUCGGCCAUCGAUUGGGAUUCACCGAUUUGUUUUCGUACUGUUCCGGCAACUUGGUAGGCAGACCGUCUAUGCUCCGGGAUGGCGUCAAAACUUUUAUACUAGAGAUUUUGCAGAGCUUUACAACCUCGGAUUGCCGGUUGCUGCUGCGUAUUAUAACUGCCAGAGGGAAAGAGGUACUGGUGGAAGAAGAUAUUGA